AUCAUAAGGUUCCUGUUUGCUUUUGACUCUCUCUGCAGCAUUGAGAAGGACGUUUACAAUAAACUGCAAAAUCUACAGAAUCAGCCAAAAAACUCUUAGUGGACAUAAGGAGAACAUAGAACAGUUAAUUUCCUGAUUUAUUAUGGCUACUACUUCGAAAAGACAGACGAUUCAAGAGGAAUCUACUCACUGUGUCUGGUUACGGCUGUGUGAUCCAUUUAUCCGCACAGAUGGAAAUCUUAUUUGUCCUAUCAUCAAAGCUGAAACCUCAAUACGGGUGCUCUUUAGACUUCAAGAAGAAAUUCUUGGCAAUAUUUUGCAUAAAGUGUACCAAGAAACUGGACUGAAAACACAACAGAUCGAAUUGUUAAAACCAUUGGACACAGACCUGCAAGAGAAUCUUUUUAUUCAGUGUGUAUCUCCUAAUAUUAUCGAUAGAGAAAAAAUACAUCAUUUCAAGGAAAGGCUAGAAUUCCACCUUUCAAAGUCUACAACAGUAAAAAAUAUUUCAGUUGACCAAGUGGAUAGUACUGAAGAGAUUAUCCAACAGCCUAUGAUUUCAGAACCUGACUUUGAAAUUCACAAACUGGAAAUAUGUUACAAGACACUUUUGAAAAUCCAGUCAGAUUUGGAUAAAACGGAUGAAGUAUCCUUUAUUACGGAUAGCAUUAAAAAAAUGUUGGAUGAAUUCAAAGAAAAAUACACAAGGAUUGGUAUACUCUCACAAAACGGAAAAGGGAAGAGUUUUUUGCUCAAUUUGUUGUUCCUUUUGACAAUUGACAAUGAAGAGGAAUACCAGAAAAACAACAAGAAAUUAAAACUACCAAAGGAUAUUACUGGGGAUCCAGCCAUUGAAGAGCUUGGAGAAACUAUUAAUCAACUUCCAGAUGUGGUGAAAGACUUUCUUAAAACAUAUAAAACUAGACAGGAUAAAUUCAAAACAGUAAUGAAGCCCAUCUGUGUUGAGUUGAAGCCUGCUGAUACUCAGGCUGUAGAGCAAUCCAGAAAUCAUUUUUUAAGUUUACCAAAGUAUUUCAAAGAGGGUGGAAGAAUUGAUACCGAGCCAUUCAUAUUGCCACAGAAAAGUUUACAGCAAAGCUAUGAAUCUACAACAAAAUGCAUCAUACAUCUGAGAUAUGGGACUGUUUAUCAGAUAAAAGUAGAAUAUUUUAGCAGUGUAGAUUUGAAACAACAAUUGUUUGAAUUAGUUUUAUUGAGCAGAAAUGAUAAUGCUGAUGUGAAGUAUCAAACUGGCUUCAAUAACCAUAUAAAGGAAAAGGCAUAUGAAUGUUUGCAGUCUAGAUUUGGCAUUUUAACAGAUUCUAAUAUUUCUGAUAUUAAUAAGGAAUCUCUUCAAAUAUUUAACACGUAUAGUGACAUUGUACUCAGCGAUGAGGUUGAGAAAUGUGCAGGGAGAACGGAGUUAUAUAUUGGAUAUGGGAGAAAUUCGACAGAUGAUCGUCUUGCUGUAAAGGCUAUUUUGAAAGAUCUAACAAGUCCACAAAAUUCGGACAGUGAAAAAGGGAAAUGGAAAUACAGAGUUGCUGCAGUAAAGGAAAUUGUGGUGUAUUUACCCAGCAAACUUCUGUAUGGUGGGAAAGAAAUACUGGAGAUGCCAGGAGCAGACGAUUCAGAUGCUCUUGCUUUAGACUUUAUUAAUACAGCUCUCAGCAAGAUUGAUGCUGUAUUUGCAGUGAGUGAAUUUUCUUUCAAAAUCUGUGAGAAGGAAGUUAAAGAUAUCCUGAUUGAGAGUGAUUUCAUGCAGAAAUGGAAAAAAUGUCCCGACCGUUCCGCUUUAAUGUUGCUUACAUAUCCAGAGAAGAAUAUUGAAUUUCAGUUUAAAAAUGGAGACAGAGAGAAAAUAGAAAAAUUGGAGAUUAAAGAGAUAGAGAAAAGGUCAAAAGAGUUGGAAGAGCUCUCUAAAUUGAUUGGAAAGCAGUCACUAUCAAAAAACAUGAAGUCAGCAGUGUUUACUUCAUAUAUUCUGCCAGUGCUUCACACAUCCAUCCAUGCUCAAGAGGGAGCACCUAAUGAAGUAAUUCAGGAGAAUGCAUGUUUUCUGAAAUAUACUGGAAUAAAACAAGUAAUCUCUCAUCUUGAUACAUUUAUUUCAUCUGCAAGGAAAAUGAACUUCCAACAAUUGCAAAAAGUGUUAACAACAAACACAACUACAAAAGGCUUAAUGGCAGAAGACGCCAGAGCAUUCAUUCUUCUGUAUGAUAAAAAAGAUUUGAGAGGCGUGCGGGAAGAUGAACUCUUUCGUCAGUUUGGAACUUUACUAACUAAGCUAUCUAAAAAUCUGAUAACAGUUUAUACAAGCAAACUUGAUGGACUGGUAGCAGGUAUGCUUGAUGAAAUGGCAAAGGAAGCAGAUGAAAAGUGGGAAUCAAAUAAAGAAAACAUAACUUCAAUUGGUGUGUUCAACCCACACUAUUCUGGAAAUCACCCUACAUAUAAGGUGAAAAUAGCCAGAAUUAUCUUAAACAACACAGACAAUCUAAAAUCUGAAAUCUUUGCAUGUCUAAAGAGCGAAAUAUCCGAGCUUUUAAAAAUGUUUGAAAAAGACACAGUUGACUUGUUUGCAGACGAACUGAAUUCUGUGCUUGAUAUAAAGGGACAUAAAAACAUUUCUUCAAGGAUUUUUGUUGAACAGUCUAUCCGAGAUGUGAUGUCCGAGGCCCAGCAAUG